AUGAUCGUACCCGCGACUGAUCUGCCGGAUCGCCGUCAUCGAACGUCCUUACUGAUUUGCGUCAUUUUCGUCAUCGUGUUUCCGACUCUGGCCACGACCGAUGCCGGUAAACACGAAUACGGGAAUACGUACGAGAAGAAAACCGAAGAUAAUCGUGAAUUUUCUGAGAAUACCAAACAAUCGAAGCAUGCCGAUGAAAACUCUAAGAUGAAACGCACGGAAAAUCAUGGACGAAUUAGCGACGAGAAUGGCUCGACGUUGAACAAAUUUCUGGAAAACGUUCUGAAAGCUCAGGAUGAUUUAAGAUGGAUAGAUCAUAUCGUGCGCAAUACUCAUCGAACGAAAAAUUGGGACAAGUGA